UACAACCCUUUGUUAUCGACGCAGAGAGUCGCCGUGUAGAGAACGAAGCAAUGAAGUAUUGGCUAAUUGAGGUCAAAGAGGCAGCUUUUGAAGCUGAAAAUCUAGUGGACGAAUUCGAAUUGUUGUUUCUGAGGAAUAAGGAAGAUAUUGGAUGAAAUUCUUGAGAGGAGGGUGAAGCUCCAUUCUGCAACAAAGGAUGUUGAGGAAGGACUACCCUGUUAUCCAAUAGGACGCAAUACGGGGUCCUGUUGCGUUGGAACUGUAGUUUUUGGAAGGGGUGAUGAAAUGGAGAGGGUAGUGGCUUGGUUACUAUCUGUUUUGUAUGAGAAAAUCUCUGUAUUGCCCAUUGUUGGUAUUGGGGGGCUUGGGAAGACGACCCUUGCUCAGAUAGUUUACAAUGAUCAUCGGGUGUGUCAACACUUUGAGUCUAGAGUUUGGGUAUCAGUGGGUGAAGCUUUUGAUGUGGCACAAAUUGGGAAAGAUAUUAUAGAAUCUGUAACUGGGAGAGCAUUUAAUCUUUCGGGUAUGGAGUCAGUGGGAUCUUCACUUUUAAAUUUACUGGCUGGGAGAAGAUUCUUGAUUGUGUUUGAUGAUGUUUGGAAUGAAGACCUUGAGAAGUGGAACCUAUUGGAAUCUUGGUUAAGCCGAUGUGCUAACGGAAGCAAAAUCCUCGUUACUACUCGUAGCGAAAAGGUUGCUGGAAUGAUGAGCACUACUGCUUUGCUGCGUUUGGGGCUUUUAUCAGAUUAUGAUUGUUGGUCUUUGUUUAGGCAUCAGGCGUUUAUUGACACUGAUGUUGAGGGUUUCUUUGAAAUUGGCAAGAAAGCUGUUUCAGAGUGUAAAGGUUUGCCUUUAGCAGUGAAAUCUCUUGGUACUCUAGUGAGCUCCAGAAGAGAAGCAGGUACGUGGUUGUCUGUCAUAGCUACCAACAUGUUUACAUUACAAACAGUUGAUGAGUGUAUUUUGCCAGUUCUGAAAUUGAGCUAUUAUCAUUUGCCAUCACAUCUGAAGCAAUGCUUCGCGUACUGUUCAAUAUUUCCGAAGGAUUAUGCCAUCAACAAAGAGAAGCUGAUCCAGUUAUGGAUGGCUGAAGGUUUCAUCCAAUCACCUCAAGGAAGUAGAACUUUGGAGGAUGUUGGGAAUGAUUAUAUCGUGGAUUUGCUGCAACGGUCAUUCUUUAUAGAUGUAAAAGAAGACGAUUUAGGUAAUAUGACUGAGUUCAAGAUGCAUGUUUUUAUUCAUGAGCUCGCACAAUCUGUUUCAAGGAUGGGAUCCUCAAUUGUAGAGGCUGGAUUUGUAGGAAAGAUAUCUGAAUCUGUAUGUCAUGCCUCCUUGAUUUGUGAUUCCAGUUUGUCUACUAUUCCAGAAGCAUUGGGCAAAGAUAAAAAUCUACGGACGUUGCUUCUAUUAUCUGCUAAGGACAUAAGUAGGAUCCCUUCAAAUGCGUUCUUAAACUUUAGAUGGCUACGGGUUUUAGACUUGAGUCGAACUGGCAUUGGAAAGCUGUCCACUUCCAUUGGUACCCUGGAACAUUUAAGGUACCUUGACCUCUCUCACACCCAUAUUAAAACUCUGCCAGAAUCUGUUGUCUCUCUGAGGUAUUUGCAGACACUGAAACUUGCAGGUUGUUGUUGUCUAAAGGAGUUACCGGAAGAUAUAAAAGAAAUGACCAACCUCAGGCAUCUUGAUAUUUGGUUGUGCAGUAUAUUAUCUCGAAUGCCAUCAGGAAUUGGGCAACUAAGUUCCCUUCAGACAUUGUCAACAUUUAUUUUGGAUCAGAAAAAUCGGUGUACCGUAGCAGAGCUGGGUAACCUCAACAUUCGAGAUAAAUUAGAGAUUAAGAAUCUUCAGUAUUUGAGAAAUUUGACAGAUGCUAGAGAAGCAAAUCUGAAGGAUAAGCAAAAACUCCGCUCUUUGGGACUGACAUGGGGCAAUGACUCUGAUGUCAGCUUGGAAAGCUCUUAUGCUGUGUUACAUUGCCUUCAACCUCCCUCGGACCUUAAAGAGUUGUCUAUAAAAGGAUAUGGCAACAUUGAGUUUCCAUUGUGGAAGGAGGAUACUCUGCUCUUAAAUCUUGUAAAGAUUUCCCUGAUCAAUUGCAGAAAUUGCAAACUUCUUCCACAACUUGGGAAGCUUCUCUUCCUUAAGGAGCUUUAUUUAAAAGGGAUGAUUGCACUAAAGUCUAUUGGCUAUGACUUUUAUGGGAAUGGUGUAAUCAGAGGAUUCCCUUCAUUGGAACAACUUGAGUUUUAUGAUAUGCCUAAUUUGGUUGAAUGGUUGAGUUUAACUGAAACAGAAGAAGGGUCAAGUUCAACUGCAACAAAAGCAUUCCCUUGCCUCAAGACACUUGUGGUGCAAGGAUGUCCUAAACUAACCAGCUUACCAUUACUUCCAGCUCUUAAAAAGCUGGCACUGUGGAAUAGCAGUGAGAUGGUACUGUGUUCAGUAUCCAAGCAGACCUCACUUUCUUCCCUGGGGAUUAAUGAAUUUGAAGAGAUUAGUUCUUUCCCAAAGGGGUCAGGAGAGUUGAGUUCUAUCGAGAAACUGACAAUUUAUAACUGUCAGAAUCUCAUAUAUUUGUUAGAGGAGGGAUUGCAAGCAUUGACCUCUGUUAAACAUUUGAGUAUACAAUACUGUAAUAAACUGAACUCUCUGUCCAAUGGGUUGAGGUUUCUCGUUUCUCUUCAGAAAUUAGUCCUAAAGGAGUGUGAGGAGCUGGCUUUUCUUCCAGAGGUUAUGCAAGAGCUACCGAGACUUGAAGAAUUAAUUAUUGAUGCCUGCCCAAAGCUGGCUUCGUUGCCAAGUGAUAUUCAAUACCUUACUUCGCUUCAAAACUUGAUAAUUAGAAAGUGUCCCAAUUUGGGAUGUUUGCCUAUGGGAUUUGAAAAUCUCUCUCAACUUGAAUAUCUGUUCAUUGCUGGAUGUCCACAAUUGGAGAGAAGAUUAAAGGAGGGAGGUGGAGACUCAGAAAUGAUAGCUCAUAUUCCUUGUGUCAUUUUUAAUGACUGCAAUGACCAACAGGGAUCAGUGGAGUAUUCUGAAUCAUUGAAGAGCCAGAGGAGUCAGACUUCAUUGAAGCAUGCCAGCAAGCCUGAGGAAUUAAUGUCAUUGCAGCUUUCCACUGCCAACUCCAAAUUUUCUUUCUGGAACAAGAUCGGUGCUCCGUUGUAUGCUUUAAUGCAGAAGGGCAAGGCCCUAGCAGCAAAGCGUUAUAGUACUUCAUCUGAACCUGUCAUUGUGGUUGAGAAAUUCAUGCUAUCACAGCUUUCCCUGGCCACGAAAAACUUCUCAUCAGAGUAUAAGAUCUGGAAUGAUGCUUAUGGAACACUGUACGGGGGCAAGCUUGUUGAUGGACGUGAGGUGGCAAUUAAUAGAUGUACUAAUGAUUCGGGCUUGACAAAAUAUUUUUCAGAACUCCAUUUCUUGUCACGCCAUCACCACAAGCAUUUGAUCAGUCUGGUAGGGUUCUGUAGCGAUGGUGGGAUUUCUCUUGUAUUCAAUUACAUGGAAAAUGGCACACUCUUUGGUCUCCUACAUGCUGAGAAUAACAUCUACAGGGGUAUCAGUUCUUUUAAUUCUUGGCCAAUGAGGAUCAAGAUUUCAUUAGAUGCUGCAAGAGGGAUUGAAUUCCUUCACAAGUAUGCUGACCCACCCUUGAUUCAUAGAGACAUCAGGUCUUCCAACAUUUGGCUUGAUGCAAAUUGGACAGCGAAACUAUCUGGUUUUCAUCUCGCAAUGAAUGUGUCAGAAGAAGACUCAGAACUCGAGGUUUUUCCCGUGGCAGGAACACUCGGGUACAUUGAUCCUGAGUAUGCAAUUCAGGGUUUUCUGACAAUGAAAAGUGAUGUAUAUAGUUUUGGAAUAGUGUUGCUUGAACUUUUGACGGGCAGGAACGUACAUAAAUUCUUUGACGAUCAAGAACCAACAAUAGAGUUAGCUUUGCAAAAGAUUUUAGCAGGAGAGCUGGACACAGUGUUGGAUGCAAGAGUACGGAUACCAGGAACAAAUGAGGCCGUUGCACUGGAUCUGGUGGCAGAUACGGCAGUUCAGUGUGUGAAUAAAAAGGGGGAGGAGCGGCCCACAAUAACGGGUGUCCUUGCCAAUUUGGAGAAGGCUCUGGCUCUCUGCAAUGGCAGACAGGGCACCCAUGACAGAGCAGUCAGCCAUGGCAGCCAUGGUAGACAGGUCAGCCAUGGCAGCCACGGUAGUAUCUCUUCCUCCCUUAGUGGUAGAUAAAUUGGCAUGUUUCUGAAUUAAAAUGAAAGAAAUUUUUUGUAAGGCUUCAGACCUCUUCUUUUACAGUUUAUUUUUUAUUUUCUCGGUUCCCCUUUCUUUUGUAGUUGUGGGGGGUUUCUGUUCAUUCCCUGAGGCUGCACUUUUGGUAUUCUCCUAUUAUUUUCAAUAGAAGGAUUAUGAAAGAGAAGUAUCAACAGUGUGUUCUGAGCCAUCAA